GAAUGCCACGAGAAGAAAGAAAAGAUAUACGCAGAAUCUGCAUGUGCAUGCGGACAAGGGAGGCAAUAAAAGCACAUCGAUUACAUCGGGCCCGGAGUACGCAGCAACUAUCGCUCAGGCAAUCGUAGCUCUACAGAGACAGAGAGAGAGAGAUGUGUGUGUGUAGAGUCGAAAGAUGAGAGAGAGCAGAUCAGGCCAGGAUCCCGCUGGUGGCGACGAGCAUCUAGCAGCAAAGCGGAAAAAUCGCUGCAACUGAGUACCAAAACAACCCCUACCAUUUCCUUGAACUCCCCUCCACCCCCAACGAACAUCACUAUCGCUUUGUAUGUGCAGGGACAGACACACACAUACACACUCUCUCUCUCUCUCUCUCUCCCUGUUACUGCCAAACACACACAUAAAUAAAAUGUUUCAAGGACAACAAUAAACGUCACGCUAAUCAGGGAGACAGACUUCUACGGCGAGAAAGUUACUUGUUUUGUCUUAUUUUUUGUUUUUCGAAUGAGAUAGAUUUUAGACUCUUGUGCUCUGGCGUGGUAGUUGAGGUCUGAGAUAUAGAGAGAGACAGAGAGAGGUAACAGUACUCUCGCACCUUGAACGCUCUACACCCGACACCACAUACCUUAAAUAUUCUCGAGCCCUCUCUGUCACUUUCCCUUUUUCUCUCCCUCCCAGCUCUCUUGCUCACGUUUAUAAGCUCUUUGUUCUUCGUCAUUUUCUCUUCCUCCGCCUUCCUCGUUUGCUCAGAGAGAGAGAGAGAGAGAGACUCUGUUACCGAUAGUCCACGAGGGCAGGAUUUGAUGGCUACCGUUGCAGAAAGUAACAGCAGAAGACGUAUGGACGGUGACUUGCCUGGUGAUCAAAACGACCAACGAGAGAGAGAUGAUUUGCAUACUACACUGUGGCAUGCCUGUGCGGGCCCUCAUGUCUACAUUCCGCGUGCUGGGGAGAAGGUUUUCUACUUCCCUCAAGGUCACAUGGAACAGGUUGAGGCAUACACCUACCAAGAUGGUGUGAUGGAAAUGACAAUUUACAAUUUACCUUCCAAGAUCCUCUGCAAGGUUGUUUAUGUUCAUCUAAAGGCUGAAGCUCACACAGAUGAGGUGUUUGCUCAAGUUACUUUGAUUCCAGAGGCAAAGCAAGACAAGCCAAUUUUGGGGGAUGAAAAUGAUGUGUCUUUGCCUCAAAGAACUAGUGUAUGCUCCUAUGUCAAGAAACUCACUGCCUCUGACACGAGCACGCAUGGUGGAUUCUCUGCUCCCAGGCGACAAGCUCUUGAGUGCUUCCCACCUCUGGACAUGUCUCAGCAACCAUCUGCACAGGAACUAAUCACCAAAUACUUGCAUGGGUUUGAAUGGUGCUUUCGCCAUAUUUGUCGUGGUCAGCCAAAGCGGCACUUGCUCACCAGUGGUUGGAGUAUCUUUGUGACUGCUAAGAAGCUCGUUGCUGAUGAUGCAUGUAUCUUCAUUAGAGGAGAAAAUGGAAAACUUUGUGUUGGGAUCCGCCGUGCAGUUAAACCACUAAAUAAUGCCUCAGCAUCUGUCAUAUCUGGCUGCGGCAGGCAACAGGGCAUACUUGCCAGUGCUUUCCAUGUUGUUUCUACUGGAACCAUGUUUACCAUGUUUUACCACCCAUGGACAAGUCCUUCUGACUUUAUCAUACCUGUUAAUUGGUACAUGAAGUUAACUAAAGAUGUCUAUUCAGUUGGAAUGAGAUUUCGAAUGCAGUUUGAAGGCAAAGGUUUUUCCGAAAAGAUACUUUCAGGUACUGUUGUUGGUGUUGAAGAUAUAGAUUGUAUUAGGUGGCCUAGUUCAAAAUGGAGAUGUCUCAAGGUUAAAUGGGAUCCCCCAUCAGACAAAAUUUUGUAUCCUGAAAGGGUUUCGCCUUGGAACAUUGAACUGAUAGAAUCAAAUAAUAAGAACCCUUCUACGAUAUUUGAACAAAAGAGGAGACCAAUUAAUUUAUCAGUGGCUGGGUCUUCCAGUGUGACCAGAGACUGUUUGUGGUCCUCGUUAUCUUCCACUUUACUUUCAAACUCUUAUUGGGAGGUUUCUCAAGAUUCCAGAAAAGUUUCACCCUAUUCUGUAGGUUUAUUUCAGUAUCCGGUAGAGUAUACAUCUAAAAGACACAAAAGGGUCUUGCAAGGUCGGUUCCUUGCCGCACUUACCUGUGGCCCCCAAUAUUUACCAACAGUCUCUGACAAUGUUUCUGUAAGAAGAAACAUUUCAGUCUCAAAUAUCACCACAAGCAAUUUUGGGUCCAAGGUAUUCAGGCCUACUGAAUCAAGGGAUGAAAAUGACGUGCCACUUGCCCAACCAAUCGGCUGUGCAAGGCUUUUUGGGUCGAUUUACUUUAUAGUGAUCAGGAUCUCCCUUCACCACAAGUUACCACUUAUUGUGAGCCUUCAAGGCCUCGUUCCUUCCUUCCAACAUAUGAAUCGUAUGUUUGUGAAACCAUCUAGGUUUCAGAGUCCUCAAAGAGUACAUCUGGCGUUCUACAAAGAAAACAAUGCGACAAUUUUUCUUUCAUUAAGAGGAAUUGCACAAAGGUCCCAGAUUGUGGUGCUCAAGUAUGGAACUGCUCAUGGAAGAUCAGUAGACCUUAUGCGUUUCAAUGGGUAUGAUGAACUCGUUUCUGAGUUGGACCAGAUGCUAGAUUUCAAAGGAAGCUUGAUUGAUGGAAGCAGUAGGUGGCAUGUAAUCUAUAUUGAUGGAGGAGAUAUAAUGCUCAUAGGACAUUGCCCAUGGCAAGAAUUUUGCCUCGUGGUGCAAAGGAUAUUCAUCUUUCCAAAGGAAGAAAUUGACAAGUUGAUCCAAACUCACCAGAUCUAACUCCCCUCAAAUUGCUAAUUGCUGAUGUUAAUUAUGUCGUAUUUCUCAUCCAUCCACAUGAAGAGAGAGAGAGAGAGAGAGAGAGAGAGAGAGAGAGAGAGAGAGAGAGAGAGAGAGAGAGAUGGUGUCAGUGCAUUAU